AUGGCGAGAACUGACAAAGACCUUUAUAGUGAAGUUUGGUGUGAGAUUGUGAUGCAUGCUCUCGUCAAUCAAAUUCCUGUUGAAUAUCAUGCAUUAUAUCGUCUGCAUCUUAUAGGUGUGUCCGAUCUGAUCGUGUCUUCACCGUAUGAACUGCUUGAGGAAGGAAAGAAUGCCACCAUUACAUGUACAUUAUGGUCUGCUCAGCUUUCGGCACCAAAUUACCCUCUAGCCUGGAGCAGAGUUAACGGACUUCCCAACGGUUCAAUUAUCCACAACUACCCAUUUUACAGUGCAACGAAGACAUAUCGGACUGAGUUAACCUUUGUUCCUGUAGGAUCUGACAAUGAUGUUCCUAUUUCUUGUACAGCAAGUGACGGCUUUAGUACAAAUACAGAAUUCUUCACUGUUAGUGUCAUUUUGGCGCCGUAUACUCCAAACAUCACCGGAAACCUUACGGUCAGAGCUGGAGUUACGGACAGCUGGACGUGUGUUGUAGACGGUGCCAGCCAUUUCCCACCCGGUGUCUACUGGAGAAAUGCUGAUGGACUCAGCCUGACCCAGGGAGUGAGUAAAAAUACAAAAAUCUACCUUAAGAACAACAACAACUACGUAUACAAAGUCACGAGCGUCUACACUGCAGCGCUGCCAGCCCAGGACCCCUACGUACUUACGUGCUACGUCGUCCAUCAGAUGGACAGCUACUACAACAUCAUGAAACAAACGUCAAUAACAAUACAUGUCAUUAGUGUGUCCGAUCCGAUAGUGUCUUCACCGUAUGCACUGCUUGAGGAAGGAAAGAAUGCCACCAUUACAUGUACAUUAUCGUCUGCUCAGCUUUCGGCACCAAAUUACCCUCUAGUCUGGAGCAGAGUUAACGGUCUUCCCAACGGUUCAGCUAUCCAAAACUACCCAUUUGACAGUGCAACGAAGACAUAUCGGAGUGAGUUAACCUUUGUUCCUGGAGGAUCUGACAAUGAUGUUCCUAUUUCUUGUACGGCAAGUGACGGCUUUAGUACAAAGACACGCUCGACCACAGUUAGCGUCAUUUUGGCGCCGUAUACUCCAAACAUCACCGGUAACCUUACGGUCAGAGCUGGAGUUACGGACAGCUGGACGUGUGUUGUAGAUGGUGGCAGUUACAUCCCACCGACUGUUUAUUGGAGUAAUGGUGAUGGACUCAGCCUGACCCAGGGAGUGAGUAAAAUUACGAAUAUCAUCGUUAAAAACAACAACAACUACGUUUACAAAGUCACGAGCGUCUACACGGCUGCGCUGCCAGCCCAGGACCCCUACGUACUUACGUGCUACGUCGUCCAUCAGAUGGACAGCUACUACAACAUCAUGAAACAAUCGUCAAUAACAAUACAUGUCAUUAGUAACAAAUCAACAUCAAAUGUGGUACCAGAUAAAAAGGAAGUGAAUAGUCAGAAUGAUUACAGCUUUUUGUAUUAUGUGCUUCCUAUAGUUGCAGUUGUUAUUGUAUGUGCUGUUGCACUAGGUGUUUGCUUUAGAAAAGCGUAUCUAAAACAAGAACUAAUAAAAAGAAGUGAAAAAAUAUCUACUACACCAAACAAUGAAAGGAUAACCUCUCAACCAAUGGACAGUGAUGGAUAUCUUGCCCCUAACAAUGAAGAUGUCGGCUAUACAGUAGUUAGACAUCAUUCAGGAGAUUGCAUUCAGACUGGUGCUUCGAAUCAGACAUCUGUGUAUGAUUUAUACAAUAUGGAAGAAGAAAACUACUACUGUACAAUUAAGGACCUUGAUGAGAUUAAAAAAAAUGCUUUUAGUGAAAGGAAACACCACAACACAAACGAACAUGAAGAGAAUCCAACGACUGCUGUCAACGUGUCCGAAUAUUCGGAAUGUGAGAGUAACACAAAUAUUCAACUUAAUAUUGAGAGGCAACGUAACAUGAACAGGGUUGGACAACAAGAGACUACCUUGGAUGGGAAUAUUGAUACAAAUUCAAAUAGAAAACUUGACACCAACAUAGAUGGUGGAAAUCUUGACAUUAUCUCGGAUGUACAACUAGGAAUUGCCUCCACUGAAAAUCUUGAAAUUAUGUUUGAUGAAAAACCACAAAAUGCACCGAAAAUACAGCUUGAUACUUCUAAUUUAACAGAAUACUUAGAACCAGCUUCUUCUUCGGAGAGAAAACUUGCCAAUAACUUUCAUGACAAAAGCUCUAAAUUCAAUUGUGUCCAGCAUUAUGAAACUGAAUCACUACAAAAUGAACCUGGAACUAUUGCUAAUUUGACAGAAUACUUAGUACCAGUCAUCUUGGAGACAACUCUUGGCUAUAACUUAGAUAAAACACUUGACAAAAAAACAAACACCGAUAACGAUUCUGUCCAACCUCAUGAAAUUAACGAUUAUCUCAAUUUAUAUGACACAACUGAAGAUACUAGUAACUUGACAGAAUAUUUAUCACCAGCCAUUUUUUCGGAGAAAAAAAACUGA